ACCGCUGCGUACAUGCAGAGCAAGUAGCUGCUGGGGAUUUGGGCUGCUUUUGCUGUGACCAGACUGAAGAGGCAUGGAAAUGACUUGUGGAUUUGGUUUUGGGAUCUUGCUGAUUUGCUUAGUUCAAGCAGAACUUGCUGGUUGUUCUUGGCCUAAUGACGCACAGAGAACGGAGAACACAAACUCUGGCUUCCCUCCACCAGAUGGCAUACAGAGAAAAUUCAGCAGCGAUUUCCAGAACCAACAAGGUUUCUUCUCUCCUCCCUCAGUCCAGGUCCAGACCAGUAGCUUUAACACUAAGCCAGCAGCGAAAAGUGGUUACGAUAGGAAGCCCUUCACCAGCGGGAUAACACAAUCGCGCUCUCAACCGGUUCAAAGCUCAGGGAGGCUGGUGAAGAACAUCGUUGGGUCAAAACCCAAGAGCCAGAGCACUUUGCCUGCUGAGCAGAGUCCAAGGGUGAGCCAAAGGGAAGGCUACUCCUUCAGGCCAGCUUCCUACAUGGACCCUUCCUCUCAAGGGCAAAAGGGCUCAUCAGCCAUCUUGUUCGGUCUGGUUGGUCCAGGUCCACGUAGUUCUAUUCGGAUGCAGACGUCUGCUCAGGGUCGUGCAAGGAAAGUCCCUUCAGGCCGUGUAUCUCAAGGUGAAAACAUCAGGAGUUUCUUGCCUCACGCUGCAGCUGGGAGGUUUUAUCCCAGCCCACAGUACGCUCUAAAUACCAGAGGCUACAGGCCAAGGAGUCUGCUCACUGGCCUGGCUGCUCCCAGAAGUGGCAGAGAGGGAGAGUCCGCUCUGAGGUUUGCUCCAGUAAUGGUCUACGACCUUCCAGAACCCUUCGGUGGCUCGGCCAUCAGACGGCUGAAAAGACCUACUGAGCAGGAGGCGGUACGUGUCCAGAAGCAACAGCAGGUCUAUCGGGCUCCACAGCGGGUACCGCUUUACAAACCUGAACGAACAAGCAGCCAUUCAGAAUAUGACUGGAGCAGGAAGAUGCCGUACCAAGGUCCAUUCCAGAAGCCAUAUUGGAUUGACACACCACCACGACCUCAGAGGGCAGCGGCGUCCAAUCCUGACCUCCCCAGUGUUCAUCCAGCCUCCAAAUGGUCUAAGUUCAACCACUAUCAACGCUAAACCUAGUGUCUUCAAUUUUAAAAAUAGCAUGCUGAAAUAAAACAAAUGGUUUUUUUGGGGGGUUUUAA